AUGUCCAACACCUUGCGACCGUAUCUGGCCGCAGUGCGGUCAACGCUAACCGCAGCUUUGACAUUGGAGGACUUCGCAUCGCAGGUCGUAGAACGACACAACAAGCCUGAGGUUGAAGUCAGGGAAUCGAAGGAGGUCCUACUGAAUUCAUUGACAAUCUCCCGCAAUGAGAAUGAACGCGUCCUCGUCGAGCCCUCCAUCAACUCCAUUCGGCUAAGCAUCAAGAUAAAGCAGGCCGACGAGAUUGAACGGAUACUGUGUCACAAGUUCACCCGGUUCAUGAUGCAGAGGGCGGAGAGCUUCUUGGUGCUGCGCAGGAAGCCAGUGCAGGGAUAUGACAUUUCAUUCCUCAUCACCAACAACCACACCGACACAAUGCUCAAGCACAAGAUUGUUGACUUCAUUAUCCAAUUCAUGGAGGAGGUCGACAAGGAAAUCAGCGAGAUGAAGCUCAGCUUGAAUGCACGCGCUCGUGUCGUCGCCGAAUCAUACUUGGGAGCUUUCAAUUCAUGA